UUCUAGGAAACACCCCAUCCUGCAAGUUUAGUCCUUUAAUGCUCCCAACUCUGCAAUGCUCCAUAGCUCUUGAACCUCUAACUCUGAGGUUUUAGAAGCUCACCAGAUUAAGCACUUAAAAAGAGUUUGGGUCAAGCUACAUGAUAUGGGUAUGAACAAACAUCAUGUGUUCAUGCUACUAAUCAUCAUGGUUGUUUCAAUUGCAGAGAAACCAUCAGUUAUAGAAGGAAGGACACUUUCCUUAAUAUCUGAUCAAGGGUACAAGAAGAUUUUUGCAACCCUUGGAGUUGUUUGCAAGUGUUGUGAUGGAGUUGGAGGUACCUGCACUAGUACAUGGACAGAAUCUUGCAAUAACCUGCAGUGUUUUCCUUGGAAAUCACACUAGUUGUCUUCUCUAUCUUUUCUAGUCUUCAAUUUGCUGUAUACUAAGUUUAGAAAAUCAUAUAAAAUUAAACAGUUUGUAAUCUGUGUUCUGUGUAAUGUGAACAGUUUGAAUUUGUGAUGAAC